GUAUAAUUUAAUAAAAUAAAGAGAUAAGGAAUUACAUUUUCUUGUAACAGUUUUUAAUCUUGGCACGGUUCCAAAAUUUGUAAUGAUCAAGGAAUGAUUCCUUUUGCUGUCACGUUUCCAAAUCUUGGAACCGUUAAGGAACAGUUCCCACCUUACAUAUAUUUCCUGUAUGGAUUCUUUGCAACUUACAUCAAAUUCUAAGACACCACGAGUUAUCAUGGCAGAAGACAACACUUCUAUUUCUGAUCUCGCCCUGUUGGCGGAACGAGAUCCACAACAAUUUCAACUUCGUGUUGAAGGAACCCGCAGCUUAGAGUUUGCAGGCGAUGAUUCCGUGCAUCAUGUCGCUUUCAGAGGCAGCAAGUUUCCAGCCCUAGAACGUCUUGUACUUGAUGCAUCGGACCAGAAUGAUGAGGACUCACUCAAACCAUAUCUCCAACCGGCUCUGAAAGAAUUCUCUUUCUUCGGUGGUCCUAUUUCUGAUGCAUUUCUGAAGACACUUCAGGAGUCUUCUCCAGGGCUCGAAGAGCUUCUGAUUGAUAACCCACGCAACUUGAUCUCUCCAGAUGGAUUCAUUCGCUUCCUCAGCGGUGCGAAUGCCCUAAAGCGACUGUCAAUCAUGUACGGCAUGGAUCGGGCCAUUACUGACGACGUCUUUGUCGCUCUCUCUACACUUCCAAAUUUACAGUCCCUUAGAUUCACAUACACAGUAACUCCCGAGCUUGUAUCCUUCGCCAAAUCUCAGCAGCUCAAGAAGUGUGGUGAAGCACAACUCUUUCCUUGUCUCAAUGAGCUCGUUUGCACCGUCCAUCUUGAGGGACUCUGCGGUCUUCUACCCCAUCUACGACAACUUUCCGAUCUCGAUGCCACUAUCCUUAGUAAGGAUGUCCAUUCUUCAUCAUUGGAUACCUUCCUUCGGGACAUAUCCACCUAUGCUUCAAACUUGAGUGCCCUCAAAUUGCAAUAUUCAGAGACGGUGCACGCGUCUAUCGAUCCUGCCAACCUUGUCCAUCUCGCACAGGCGCUCACCCAUCUGCAGCACAUGGAAAUAUCGGGUGAUCAUAUCCGAGUUACUGGACUGGGAACCGACCACUUUGCCAAGAUCACCCAAGCCCUGCCUAACCUCAAAGUCUUGCGGCUGGCAUUCCAGUGCUCGUUGUCGGAAGCGGCACUCGUCGAACUUAGCCAAACGUGCGGCGGAGUAAUGACGAACUGCGAACUAUGGGGAUCUUAUGCUUUGCACAAUCUUGAAGGAACCGGCGUGUCCCUUCCGGCACUACAGGAGCUCGUUCUUGGAAAGUUAGUGCCGCCUACACCUGACGGCACGAAUGACCAAGCUGUCCGUGCUGCCCGGGUGGUAAAGGAAAUGGCGCCAAAUCUCGAGUCUUUUGAUGUGAUCUCUGAAGACCCUUUUUCUACUCUGGUCCAGACAGCUUGGAAGGGGCUAGCUUAAAGCUAUCGGGUCUUUGGAAUGGCGUUGACAAGGUGGAUCAAUAGGCGUAACCCACCACUUUAUGAUUUCCGAGUUUAGGGGAGUAUAGGGGUAUGUAAAAGAUGAUUAUAAGACUGCAAAGUUCCUUAAGUGAAUUUUAUUCUCCAUUUAUUUAUCAUUAAACCUCGGUAACUGCUGAUUCCCAAA